UCAGAUCGUCCUGAGGGCUUAUGCUUACGUUUUCGAAAGUCAGCCAACCCGGAGAAAAAGACCUUUUGACGUCAUUGGCUUAUCGCCGUUGCCUGGGAAACGGCUCUCAUAACAUCCUGCCGUUCAGUAUGUACGGAGCUAGCUCUACAAUAUAUCCCUAAAACGUGACUGAAUUUACUCGUAACGAGCAGCCCUCUCCUCAGCCAUUGUUGUGACAAUACUUUGAUUAGCAUUUUUAUAUUUCUUUUGAGACCUUCCCCUUUUUUUUUGCAAUUAUGGCGACUGACCAUUAUACAGCACCACAGCGGUCGAGUCUUUUAGGGACCCCUAGCUGACGGGGGACCCAUGCACAUGAAAAUAAUAUGCCCGAAGAAAAAGAAAAGAACAAUUAUUGUACUUCAUGGCCUCAGGAUUCAAAACAACUGAAUAAUAAUGGAAUGUUGUUAGAAGACGAACGGCCUGUUGUUCCUGGAGUUACUGUAAAAGCUGCUACUGUUGAUGCACUUGUUGACUUGUUGAUAGAGUCUUUCUUACCUACUGGUGGUUUGAAGGAAGAAAACAGCAAUUUUGCCAGAGUGAUGUUGCUCAUGCAUCAAUGGUUUACAUCAUCAGAAAAUUUAGCUCAUUGCCUCAUAUCCAGAUUUUGGGAUUCUGAAACUGCUCUUCAUAAUUGUCAAUCAUCAUGUCCACAUACAUAUAAAACAGUCACAGAAUGUACAAUAUAUCAGUACCGAGCACGUAUUUGCCAAACAUUCAGGUAUUGGAUUCGCAUGUUUCCUAUUCAUUUUGAUCUUAAUUCUGCUUUAACGACCAUUGUAAAAGACUUUCAGAAUCACCUUUAUAACCAAAGCUUUUGUGCAUUAGCAGAUCAUCUUGAUCUAUCAAAACUACCAUCUUAUGAUUGGGCGAGAAGUAUGUCAGUUAGAAAUCCUCCUGCAAAACAUACCAGGAAAAUAUCAUUGGUAUAUGAUCAUCUAGAACCUAGUGAACUUGCAGAACAUAUAACCUUUCUGGAACAUAAAGUAAUGCGAAGAAUUACAUUUUCAGAUUUUAAAGCAUAUGCAGAAUGUGGUACUCCUCAAGACAUUCCCAAACUGGAGCGUUCCAUUUCUUUAUUCAAUGGCCUUUCUCAGUGGAUACAAUGGAUGGUACUAAGCAAGUCAUUGCCACAACAAAGAGCUGAUGUUAUUGUAAAAUUUGUACAUGUUGCUCAGAAACUUUUACAACAGAAUAACUUCAACUCUCUAAUGUCAGUGGUUGGAGGUUUAAGCCACAGUGCUUUAGCCAGACUAACCAACACAAUGGCUUGUGUUCCCUCUGAAACUAAGAAAACCUUAGCAGAGCUUGGUGAAUUACUUGCAUCAGCAUCGAACUUCAGUAAUUACAGACGAGCUCUUAUGGAUGCAAAAGGCUUCAAAAUACCUAUUUUAGGGGUUCAUAUGAAAGAUUUAAUAUCUCUUCACGUUGCUUUACCCGAUACUAUUGAAAAUGGACUAGUCAAUUUUAGGAAAAUUGCACAACUUUCAUUAAUAUUUCAAGAGCUUUGGGAGCUCCAGAAUUCUGUACCUAAAGUAGCUGUUAAUGCUGAUUUAGUGAACACAUUAAGAUUGUCUCUGGAUACUCCAUAUACUGAAGAUGAACUUUAUGAACUGUCUCUAGCUAAGGAACCCAGAAAUUCUUUAUCUCCGCAGUCAUCUCCCACUAAAUUAGCUGCAUUUUCGGAAUGGGCUGCUGGUAUUGGAGGACCUGCUGAUACAGAAACAUUGGAAAGAUUUUACCAAUCCAUUGUUGAAGUGAUCAUGAAAAAUUAUGAUCAAGAUAAAGAUGGUUAUCUUUCUGCGGAGGAAUUUGAAGCUGCUUAUAUGAAUUUUCCAUAUAUAGACCCAUUUAAUGUUAUUGAUGUUGAUGGAGAUGGAUUAAUCAGCAAGUCAGAAUUCGUUUCCUACUUUUUGACUGCAAAUUCAAAAGCUAUUCGUGUUGCAUUUCAACAUGAUUUUAAUGAAACGACUUAUUUUAAACCAACAUUUUGCGCUCAUUGUGCAGGUUUGCUGUGGGGUCUUAUAAAACAAGGUUAUAAAUGCAGAGAUUGUGGAAUCAAUGCCCACAAACAUUGCAAAGAAUUGGUUGUGAUGGAGUGUCGAAGAACAUCUGCAAGUACAUCGAGGUCAAACUCUUUUGCAGCUGCAGAUGGCCCGAAAUUAAAGACUCGAAUGCAACGACCUUGGCGCCGUCAACUGAAAAGUAGCCAUUCCGACGGCGAUUCCAGUUACAGUUCCAGAACUAGUACUGAAAGUGAUCUCUGUAGUUGUGACAAUGGUUUUGUGUUAGUGGAUGAGCCAUCUCCUGGAAGUGCUAGAAAUUCAGUAGAAAAAGAUUAUCCUCGAAGUCCUCUAACAAAAACUCCUCCAUCUCCUCUGAAACUACCCUCUUCUCCGCUGAAACCACCCCCUUCUCCAAGAGGUUGCGGGUGCAAGCAAGAAUUCAAAGUGCCGUCUUCGCCGAGAACGCCUACUUCGCUGGAAACGGACUCGGAGCAAACCCUGCUCUUGCAGAAAGUGCCAGCUCGAAAGAAUCUCAUUUCAUGAAGUAUUUCUCGGAUAACGAACUCUUCAGAAUCUCAGUCUCUGUUCAUCUGAAGUUUAUAUAAAAAAAAGUCUGAUUCCAGCUCUUCCAAAUAGUAAAAUGUAAAUGACUAAUUUCUAAUUUUUAUAUAUAUAAAAAAAAUAUCGAGUAAGCUACAGCCAUGUCCCUUGGUGCCAUUAGAGUAAAAUUUUUUUCCUCAUUUUUACUAGUCAGUGAUUGUGCACGUUGUAUGUGCUGAAGUUUUAGCAUACAUAUCCAAAGUAAUACAUAGUUGAUUGUACAUUUUAUUGAUAUGCGUGUUUGUUAUUCAUGUGCAUGUUCAUUUUCCAUCCAUAGGAAUGUAUUUUACAAAGUACUGAUGGUGUGAUUUUAAAAUUUUUAACUUUUGUAGCUGUUGAAGCUUUGGCUAAACAACUUUUUGUCAAAGAUCUCCUUUAAUGCCAGAAAAUGCUUUGAAUGCAACUGUUUGCUUCCAAAACUAGUUUAUUACGAAAUCAUCUCAUGUUGAUUGUUGUCGAAGAUAUUUUAAUGAAAUUACGAAUUUUGGUCACAACGAUGUAAAUUUUAAGGACCAGAGAUGUCACGUUCGUGAAAAUGAGCUUUAAAAACUGGUUUAAUUUAUUUAAACAGACUUCUGCCAAUGGCUAGAAACAUUUAAAGCCUCAAUAUUACAUUGCCAUAUAAAUCCCAUUAUGUAAAUUAAUUUCAUGUCAAGUAUUGGAAUGUGUUUGAAAUUUUACAAUAUUAAAUAAGCAUGAAUCCAAGUGUAAUUUCUUUAUAUGAUAUGAUAAACUUUUGUAUUUAUUAUAGUUAUUACAUUUAUAUAAAUUAAAAUAUUCGAAUUCU